AUGGCUCUUUCGUCUAUGGGAAUUCAUCGAAUCCACGGCGAGGCUCACGAUACUGUCCAAUCAUACGGUCGGAGAAGGUAUACCAGCUUAUCUGAGCCUGAAAAUGAGCUGCCAGGCUACGGUGGGACAAUGCAUGGUAACUUUACUGUUGCGUUGCCUAGGUCAACGCGCCGUGGCCUACAGUCAAGCGACAGAAAUGAGAUCCGCGAUACCGCCCGAUGGGCGGUAUCAGGUGGGCUCCUUGUUGAAACAUUGAGGAUUCGGAAGGGCGUAUCAGCUUAUCGGAGCCUGGAAUAUGAACAUUGA